AUGCCUGAUAAACCCCUUACAGCUCUCAUCGUGGGAGCUGGCAUUGCCGGCCCAGCGCUUGCAUUCUGGCUGCAUCGCCUCGGCCACGCUUGCACCAUCCACGAGCGAUGGGACACCCUCCGCGUCGGCGGCCAACAGAUUGACAUUCGUCGACAAGGCAUCGACGUCAUCAAGCACAUGGGGAUCUUCGACGACGUCCGCAAACAAGUAGUCGACGAGGGCGGAGUCAAGAUUGUCAACGACAUGGGCAAGCCGGUCAUCUUCUUUCCCCGAAACGAACCCGGCAGCAAGUUACAAGGGCUCACGAGUGAAUAUGAAAUCAUGCGCGGCGACCUAUGUAGAAUUCUGUACCAAAAGACCAAAGACAGCGCCACAUAUCGAUUUGGUCUGUCGGUAGACGAGUUCCACGACACGGGAGACGUGGUCAAGGUCAAGCUGUCGAACGGCAGUGAAGACAUGUUGGUCGGCGCAGACGGCCAAGGAUCGCGCGUCAGACGAGCCCUGCACAAGGAUCAGGGUGGCGACCAAGAUGAGAGUGUGGCAACGGGCUACUUGGACCCCGAGCAGCGACUGGCCUUCACGAGGUGGCACGAGCCAGACGUAGGCCAGGUGUACCUCAUGACAAUGUCGCACGUGUCCGACAUUCAGGAAGCCCUCAAGAAGGACGUGUCCGCCCAGAAGAAGGUCUUUGCCGACGCGUUCAAGGACCUCGCAUGGGACCAAGUGCCUCGUCUGCUUGACGCCAUGGAUACCACGCCCGACAACCUUAUGCCCACGAACUCAUUCAAGUAUGUCCCAAGACAUAUUCCAAGGGCCGGGUCGUGCUCCUCGGCGACGCAGGCUUCUGCCCCUCUGCGCUGA